AUGAGUAUCGCUUUAUUUGUUGCCCUGUUCUUGCUCAACUCAGAUCGCAUUCAGAAAGCCAUUGAGAUAUGCAGCGAAUGUUUGAUUUUGCUAAAUGGCACCGAUCAAAACAGCAAAGACCAAUUUGAGUCAGCACUGCUACAAUUUUACAGCGACAUCUAUACCGUACUUUUCAGCGCUUAUCGUCAUAUCUCUGACUACAUAAGUGCGGAAAGAUACGGAAGGAAACUGUUUGACUUAUACACAGGGUAUGGAUUUAUGCUUUAUAAACUUGGCGAAAGCCUAAAAGCAAAGGAAUAUGUUGAGAGGGCCCUUGCCAUAACAACCAAAAUUGGCGACAGAGAAGGGGAAGCAUCAUGUUAUGGAAACCUAGGUACUGUGUUUAGGUCGCUUGGCCAAUACGACAAGGCUGAAGAGUAUCUCCAAAAAGCGCUUGUCAUCAGAACUGAAAUUGGCGACAGAGGAGGGGAAGCAUCAUGUUAUGGAAACCUAGGUACUGUGUUUCUGUCCGUUGGCCAAUACGACAAGGCUGAAGAGUAUCUCCAAAAAGCGCUUGUCAUCACAACUGAAAUUGGCGACAGAGAAGGGGAGGCAACUGACUACGGAAACCUAGGUACUGUGUUUCUGUCCGUUGGCCAAUACGACAAGGCUGAAGAGUAUCUCCAAAAAGCGCUUGUCAUCACAACUGAAAUUGGCGACAGAGGAGGGGAAGCAUCAUGUUAUGGAAACCUAGGUACUGUGUUUAGGUCGCUUGGCCAAUACGACAAGGCUGAAGAGUAUCUCCAAAAAGCGCUUGUCAUCAGAACUGAAAUUGGCGACAGAGGAGGGGAAGCAUCAUGUUAUGGAAACCUAGGUACUGUGUUUACGUCGCUUGGCCAAUACGACAAGGCUGAAGGAGUAUCUCCAAAAAGCGCUUGUCAUCAGAACUGAAAUUGGCGACAGAGAAGGGGAGGCAACUGACUACGGAAACCUAGGUACUGUGUUUGAGUUGCUUGGCCAAUACGACAAGGCUGAAGAGUAUCUCCAAAAAGCGCUUGUCAUCACAACUGAAAUUGGCGACAGAGGAGGGGAAGCAUCAUGUUAUGGAAACCUAGGUACUGCGUUUAGGUCGCUUUGCCAAUACGACAAGGCUGAAGAGUAUCUCCAAAAAGCGCUUGUCAUCAAAACUGAAAUUGGCGACAGAAGAGGGGAAGCAUCAUGUUAUGGAAACCUAGGUACUGUGUUUACGUCGCUUGGCCAAUACAAGAAGGCUGAGGAGUAUCUCCAAAAAGCGCUUGUCAUCAGAACUGAAAUUGGCGACAGAGAAGGGGAGGCAACUGACUACGGAAACCUAGGUACUGUGUUUGAGUUGCUUGGCCAAUACGACAAGGCUGAAGAGUAUCUCCAAAAAGCGCUUGUCAUCAGAACUGAAAUUGGCGACAGAGGAGGGGAAGCAUCAUGUUAUGGAAACCUAGGUACUGUGUUUCGGUCCGUUGGCCAAUACGACAAGGCUGAAGAGUAUCUCCAAAAAGCGCUUCUCAUCAGAAAUGAAAUUGGCGACAGAGAAGGGGAGGCAACUGACUACGGAAACCUAGGUACUGUGUUUCUGUCCGUUGGCCAAUACGACAAGGCUGAGGAGUAUCACCAAAAAGCGCUUGUCAUCACAACUGAAAUUGGCGACAGAGGAGGGGAAGCAUCAUGUUAUGGAAACCUAGGUACUGUGUUUAGGUAACUUUGCCAAUACGACAAGGCUGAAGAGUAUCUCCAAAAAGCGCUUGUCAUCAAAACUGAAAUUGGCGACAGAAGAGGGGAAGCAUCAUGUUAUGGAAACCUAGGUACUGUGUUUAGGUCGCUUGGCCAAUACAAGAAGGCUGAGGAGUAUCUCCAAAAAGCGCUUGUCAUCAGAACUGAAAUUGGCGACAGAGAAGGGGAGGCAACUGACUACGGAAACCUAGGUACUGUGUUUGAAUCGCUUGGCCAAUACGACAAGGCUGAAGAGUAUCUCCAAAAAGCGCUCGUCAUCAAAACCGAAAUUGGCGACAGAGGAGGGGAGGCAAAUGACUACGGAAACCUAGGUACUGUGUUUAGGUUGCUUGGCCAAUACGACAAGGCUGAAGAGUAUCUCCAAAAAGCGCUUGUCAUCAGAACUGAAAUUGGCGACAGAGAAGGGGAGGCAACUGACUACGGAAACCUAGGUACUGUGUUUACGUCGCUUGGCCAAUACAAGAAGGCUGAGGAGUAUCUCCAAAAAGCGCUUGUCAUCAGAAAUGAAAUUGGCGACAGAGGAGGGGAGGCAACUGACUACGGAAACCUAGGUACUGUGUUUCUGUCCGUUGGCCAAUACGACAAGGCUGAAGAGUAUCUCCAAAAAGCGCUUGUCAUCACAACUGAAAUUGGCGACAGAGGAGGGGAAGCAUCAUGUUAUGAAAACCUAAGUACUGUGUUUACAUCGCUUUGCCAAUACGACAAGGCUGAAGAGUAUCUUCAAAGAGCGCUCGUCGUCACAACUGAAAUUGGCGACAGACGAGGGGAAGCAUCAUGUUAUGGAAAACUAGGUACUGUGUUUACGUCGCUUGGCCAAUACGGCAAGGCUGAAGAGUAUCUCCAAAAAGCGCUUGUCAUCAGAACUGAAAUUGGCGACAGAGAAGGGGAGGCAACUGACUACGGAAACCUAGGUACUGUGUUUACGUCGCUUGGCCAAUACGACAAGGCUGAGGAGUAUCACCAAAAAGCGCUUGUCAUUAGAACUGAAAUUGGCGACAGAGAAGGGGAGGCAACUGACUACGGAAACCUAGGUACUGUGUUUGAGUCGCUUGGCCAAUACGACAAGGCUGAAGAGUAUCUCCAAAAAGCGCUUGUCAUCACAACUGAAAUUGGCGACAGAGGAGGGGAAGCAUCAUGUUAUGAAAACCUUGGUAUUUUGUUUACGUCGCUUGGCCAAUACGACAAGGCUGAAGAGUAUCUCCAAAAAGCGCUCGUCAUCACAACUGAAAUUGGCGACAGAGGAGGGGAAGCAGCAGCUCUUGGACACCUUGGAAUUGUGUUUAGUACUGUUGGUAAUUUUGAAGCUUCGGAAGUAUGUUUGGAGAAAGCUUUAUUCAUAUCCAGAGAUAUUGGAGCUGGAAGAAAAGAGUUCGAGAUCCUUGAAAAUUACGUCGUUUUGUAUUUAUAUCAAUAUAAAAUCAAAGACUCUCUGUCGUGUCUUCAUCUGUGCAUUGAAAAGUAUGAGAAGCUAAGAUAUUUCUUGGGCGCCAAUGAUCAGUUCAAAACAUCAUUUCUGGAGCACACAGGAAUAUUUCCUUACAAGCUGCUUUGUACUUUGCUUUGUGACACCGGAAAAGCUCGUGAUGCUCUUUAUGUUGAGGAGUUGGGUCGAGCUAGAGGCCUAUCAGACUUAAUGGCAGAGAAGUACUCGGUUAAAACGCACAUCUCUGCUAGUCCACAAUCUUGGUUUGGCAUUGAGAACAUUUUAAGAAAGAAAAAUAACUGCACUUGUCUGUACAUUUCUUAUUUUCAGAAUCGUCUUCAUUUGUGGAUCUUAAAAACAAGUGGAGUCCUUCACUAUAGAAGAGUAUCACCAGAGGAGAAUCUAGUUCAGGCUGGGUUGCCCAAAGAUUUGUCUUUGAGUCAAUUUUUGGAUGAUAAUUUCCGGAGUCUUGGUAUUUUGCCCACUAAAGAUUGUGAAGAUCGGUCUUUAAAUACGAUUAAAUUGCAACCUCUCUCCCCCGCGCAAAAGAGCUCAGCAAGAUUGCGACUCGUGGAGGAGGACGAGGACGAGGACGAGGACGAGAAAGUGAUUUCAAGUCUAUAUUUGUGUUACAAAAUGUUCAUUGCCCCCGUUUAUGAUUUGCUUGAGGAGCCUGAAGUCAUUAUUGUUCCUGACCGCAGGUUGUACAAAGUUCCCUUUGCUGCCCUGAGUGAAAAGGAGGGAGCCGAAUACUUGUCAGAGACUCAUAAGAUCCGUAUCAUUCCUUCGUUGACAACACUCAAGAACAUCCAAGAUAGUCCAGAGGACUAUCACAGCAACUCUGGCGCCUUGAUAAUAGGCAAUCCCAAGGUUCAUUGGCUGCAACCAUUGCCAGCAGCUAGAAAGGAAGCGGAGAUGGUCGGACGACUGGUGGGUGUUUCGCCUCUAGUUGAAGAGAAAGCAACGAAGCAGGCGGUACUUGAGCAGAUAAGUUCAGUGAGCUUGAUACAUUUUGCUGCCCAUGGUUACGCGGAAAGAGGAGAAAUUGCACUCUCCCCCAUUCUUACUCCCAACAGUCAAAACGCUAUCCCACCGAAGGAAGCUUACAUGUUGACGAUGGCUGAUGUCUCAGGAGUAAAAAUCAGAGCUAAACUGGUGGUACUUAGCUGCUGUCACAGUGGAAGUGGAGAGAUAAGAGCCGAGGGAGUUAUAGGAAUUGCCCGUGCGUUCUUAGGAUCUGGUGCUCGCUCGGUGUUGGUUGCGCUGUGGGCCAUUCCAGACUCAGCAACAGAGAAGCUGAUGAGUCGGUUCUACAAACAUCUCAUUGAAGGUGGAAGUGCCAGUGAAUCCCUUCAUCAGGCCAUGAAGUGGAUGAGAAAAAACGGCUUGAACAAAAUGGUGGUAGAGUGGGCUUCGUUUACGCUGAUUGGAGAUGAUGUGAGACUCGAGUUUGACAACCAGCGGCAAGACUCAGUGAGAACAGGUAUUUCAUAA